CACCCUCAUCCCAGUGGAAUGCGUUAGUGGAGUGAGAGAGUCACGCAGUUCACCGGGCCUAGUCUGCGUGGAGAUAUUUACACGACAUUUAAAACAUUCUCGACUGCGUAAGCUGUCAUCGCAUCACAUUUUGUCUAUUUCCAGGUGAAAUCACGGCUCAAGAAGUUCGGGUGUUUGUGGACUGUUGACAAAAUAGCGGUUACGUGUGGAAAGGGAGGGUGUACAUAGCAAACAGGGAAAAAAAUCGAGCGAUCGCUCGCUUGUUUCUCUCAGCCUGCUGAAAGAAGCAGGAAGCGGACUAGAGCUGUUCACCUGCACCGUGUCGAAUUAAAGACUGCAUUUGGAUAUUUGAAGGGAAAGAAGGCUCAUCUUUUGCCUUCUUACAGUGAUUGAAAACUGACCGGUGUUUGGAGUUCAACCCAAGACGCAGACAGUUAACUUUUAACAUUUAGUUUCCGUGAAUUCUACAGAACUGGCGUCGGACAUUCCAUUCCAGUUGGAAUAAUCUGUUCUAAAGAUGCAGCAUCCUCUUCAUCCCAUCAUGGAGCUGGCUGAGAAAUAAGAGACUGUAGAGACAGCAGGUUCCCAUGGUUUGGAUCCAGCGUGCUGUCUGCCAUGCCUCCCGCCAAGACAGAUCAGCUGGACUUGUGGGCGGAGUCAGGGCUGGAUGGAGACGACCAGGUGAUGGUCGACUUCCUGUUGCCCACGGGAAUAUACAUCCAGAUGGAGGUUCCUCGAGAGAGCACCAUCCAACACAUCAAAUUGCUGUUAUGGAAGGAGGCACAGACAUACCCUCUCUUCUCAUUGCUGGGGGAGAUGGAGGGUCACAUGUUCGAGUGUGUGAACCAGGCAGCAGUGCAUGAGGAGCUGGAGGAUGAAACCAGGCGGCUAUGCGAUGUGCGACCAUUCCUGCCUGUCCUCAAACUGAUCACACGCAACUGUGGACGCGCAGAGCGCAUUCUAGACUCUAAGAUCGGAGUGCUCAUUGGGAAAGGUCUUCAUGAGUUGGAUGCCCUGCAAGACCAGCAAGUAAAAGACUUUCGUUCCAAAAUGAAGCGCAUCAGCGAAGAGAAGAUGCAGCGCAUGCAGCUGAUGUCGUGGGGAGAGUGGCUCCGGAGCUGUUACUCUACGCAGCUGGAGACAGAGUCUGUGGAGAAUUUGAUUGACAAACAUGAGGGCGUAAUCAAAAUUACCAUGCACUACGACCAGUCACAGGACACAGCCAGCCUGAAAGUGUCAUUGCAUUGUACAGUAACUGAACUAAUGGACCAGGCUCUCAAGAAAUGGCAGACCACUCACGGUCCAGAGGAAGACAUUGGUACCCGUAGUGAUUAUGUGCUGCGUGUCAGUUGCAGACUUGAGUUCCUGCUUGAAGAUCAUCCUCUUAAUCAGUGCAAAUACAUUAGGGAUUGUUUGUUGGCCAAUGAGAGCCCUCAUCUGACACUGGUUCACUGUGACGUUGUGAAGGCAAUAUUUGAGAAGGAAAUCUGCACAAUUGGAUCAGUGCUUGCGCGGAAAGCUUCAAACCCUCCUCUACCACUGCCCCCAAAGAAGAGGACCCCAACGCAGUUACAUACGUGUGUUUGGAAGGUUCAUUCUCUGUUUAGAAUUAAUCUUGUGAAAGGUAAUAAGGUGAACGCGGAAGAUGCUGCUAAGAUCCAGGUUCGAGCAGGGCUCUUUCAUGGUACAGAGCUGUUGUGUAAGACAGCGGUCAGCAGUGAGAGCAGCAGUCGAUCUGAGCAUGUGUGGAACAAAACACUGGAAUUUGACAUCGCUGUUUGUGACCUGCCCCGAAUGGCCCGCCUCUGUUUUGCAAUUUACGCUGUUAUGGACAAAGUGAAGAAACAGAGGUCAACCAAGAACACACACCUGAACAAAUACCAGACUAUCCGCAAGGCAGGGAAAGUGCACUACCCAAUAGCAUGGGUUAACACAAUGGUGUUUGACUACAGAGGGCAGUUGAAGACUGGUGACAUUAUACUCCACUGCUGGUCCUCUUUUCCUGAUGAGCUGGAAGAGAUGUUAAACCCUAUUGGGACAAUUCAGACCAAUCCUUACACAGAGAAUGCCACAGAACUACAUAUAAGCUUUCCAGAAUACUCAACGCAACCAGUUGUAUUUCCUGCUUUUGACAAGAUCCUGGAAAAAGCUGCAGAAAUAGCUGGAGCCAGUGAUUCCAUGACAAUAGGUCGUGGGGGUAAGAAGUUUUACAUAGAGCUAAAGGAGAUCAUGGAGAGGGAUCCUCUCUCUCAGCUUUGUGAGAAUGAGAAAGACCUGAUAUGGACACUUCGCUACGACUGCAGAGAAAACUUCCCUCAGUCUCUCCCCAAAUUACUGCUGUCUGUCAAAUGGAGCAAACAUGAAGACAUGGCUCAGCUACAGGCUUUGCUGCAGAUUUGGCCUAAACUAAGCCCUCGAGAUGCCCUAGAACUUCUGGAUUUCAACUACCCUGACCAAUAUGUCAGAGAAUUUGCGGUCAACUGCCUUAGAGAUAUGAGUGAUGAUGAGCUGUUGCAGUAUUUACUGCAGCUUGUGCAGGUGUUGCGCUAUGAGCCAUACUAUGACUGCGCCCUCAGCCGUUUCCUCCUGGAGCGCGCUCAGUCCAGCCGCAAGAUUGGCCACUUCCUCUUCUGGCAUCUCAGGUCUGAAAUGUACAUGCCAGCCGUGUCGGUUCAUUUUGCUCUGAUUUUGGAAGCAUACUGCAGAGGCUGCAUCCCACACAUAGAAGUUCUCAAAAAACAGGUUGAAGCUCUCAGUAAGCUGAAAGCUGUAAAUGAGCUGAUUAAAUUGGGCACCAUAAAAACUAAGACAAAACAAGCUCAUCUUAAAGAGGCCAUGAUGACCUGCCUUAGACAGACGGGAUUCAUCGAGACUCUUUCCAACCUGCAUUCACCUCUCAACCCCAACAUAUUGCUCGCUGGAGUACAUGUGGAGAGGUGUAAGUACAUGGACUCUAAAAUGAAACCUCUGUGGAUUGUUUACCACAACAAGCUGCUGGGAGGAGACACAGUGGGCAUCAUCUUCAAAAAUGGAGAUGACCUGCGGCAGGACAUGUUGACUUUACAGAUCUUAAGGUUGAUGGAUCUGCUAUGGAAGGAAGCUAACCUGGACCUCAGAAUUGUUCCUUAUGGUUGCUUGGCGACAGGAGAUCACUCUGGUCUGAUUGAGGUUGUGUCAUCAGCUGAUACCAUUGCGAACAUCCAAAAAACAAGCAGCAACAUGGCCGCCGCUGCAGCCUUCAAUAAAGAUGCUCUACUGAACUGGCUUAAAGACAAGAACUCUGGAGAUGCUUUGGACAAAGCCAUUGAGGAGUUCACUCUGUCGUGUGCUGGUUAUUGUGUUGCCACCUACGUCUUGGGGAUUGGUGAUCGGCAUAGUGACAACAUCAUGGUUCGCAGUACAGGGCAGCUCUUCCACAUAGACUUCGGCCAUAUCCUAGGAAACUUUAAGUCCAAGUUUGGGAUCAAGCGUGAACGUGUUCCUUUCAUCCUCACACAUGACUUCAUCCACGUGAUUCAACAGGGAAAAACAGGCAACACCGAGAAAUUUGGAAAUUUUAGGCAAUACUGUGAGGAGGCGUAUCUGAUUCUGAGAAAGAAUGGAAAUCUGUUCAUCACACUCUUUGCGCUGAUGCUCACAGCAGGCCUGCCAGAGCUUACUUCUGUCAAAGAUAUCCAGUAUUUAAAGGACUCUCUGGCAUUAGGUAAAACUGAUGAGGAGGCCCUCAAACAGUUCCGGCAGAAGUUUGAUGAAGCUCUGCGAGAGAGUUGGACCACCAAAGUCAACUGGAUGGCCCACAUUGUGGCUCACCCUUCAUAAACCAAGGGAAACACAACAUCAGGCUCCAAACUGAAGUCAGGGUUCACCAUAAAGCACUAUUAAGUGCAGCAAAACAGUGAUAUACAACUUAUUUAUGAUCUUAUGAAAUCAAUGGCCAAAUUGCAUGGAUCUAAGUGAUCUUCAAAGAUCUAGAGUCUGCAGGAAUAAACGAAAAACUUGUAAGCUUCUACGCUUUCUUUAUUCUGUUGAAUAUCAACUGCCUCUGACCACAGGAGAACCACAGAAAACCCUGACUUGACAUCGGAUAUAAUUGCCUUUAUACAAGGUAACAAAAGAGAAAAUUUCAGCUUUUUUCUUCCUCCACUAAAAUGUCAAACAAUAAGUAACUCCAAGAACAUCCUUCUAGAGAGAAACGGGAAUCCCUAAAACACGGCGCAACAACGCAAGUUUUGGCCAUCCAGAAAGAAGAUGUUUAUUGUAUAACCAUGUUAACAUGUUGGGACUCAGACUUUUGAAAAUGGACAAAUCAAAGCACAAGCUUAGAGAAAGUGCAUCUUAUCAUACCAAAAGGUAAACAUGUGCCUCACUGCACAAGAAAUGUUUUUUAACUGUAUGUGCCAGACUACUUUAUUAUGAGGAAUAGUCUUAAAAACACUGGAAUCAUGUUAUAGGUAUAAAUAUUUGAAUGUUGUAAUAGUAAAGCACUGUUCCUAUAUACCACAGUACUACUUUAUAUAUAGCAGAAAUGGCUGUAUUUAAAAAAAAUGGGAUGGCUUCACACAGAUAUUCAAUGAGGAUCACUUUGAACAAACUCUCUGGAAAGGACCUUCCUUUCCUCUCUGUGUUGAGAAAAGCUCAUGUAGUUUGUUCUUUGGUGCUAGCCAUAAAAAUAAAAAAUCCUGCAUAUAUACUUAAGCACAGCAUUGUAGCCAAACCCAUUUUUUAGUGGUUUAGACCAUGAAAAUUGCUCAUUUUUGAUGCCUGUUAUUUAAAGAGUAAUUCACAAAUUUAUAUGGGCUUACUAUAUGCCCGCAUAUCAAAACUCACAAUUUCAACCGCCUGUUUACUCAGAAUAUCUGCACAAAAGACUUAAGAGGACCAAAAAGGGGAGGUCUAACUGUCAUGACAGCUACUGUCUACUGACAGCUCAGGCAGUAGUAAUUACUGAUUAAUGCCUAUAUUGUAAAGCACAGAGAGUAAUUAUCAAUUUUUUUUUUUUAUUACACAUAACAUGCUGUCUCUAGUGCUGCUUUUCUUUUUGGCUGUGUGACUAGGGAUGUAUUGAUGCACUGAGCAUGUUAUUUUUACACUGAAUAUCUAUAUGUGUGAAUGGGAAGAAAGUCUGUACUGUGAUAAAAUGAGAUUAUUAAGAGCAAUGAAAAGAUUCUAGGACCAACAUUCCAGAGAAUUAUGCGUUCAUUUCCUGUGCUGUUAUGGUAUAUGAGAGAGUAAGAUUUGUGCCUAUAAAAUAAAUUUCAUUUUACACUAGAACAGGUUAUACUCGAAUGUCUAUUGGCCCUAUACUCCUUAUGCUAUAUUAGAUGUCUCGAUGCCUUGGUGCAAUAUGCAAAUGUAAAAGUGCAACUGUAAACCUAUUUUGAGAGUGUGUGUGCUCAUGCUGCUGUAUGUUACACUGAUGACCUUUGAUUUCACUGAAACUUUUAAUACAGGCUUUGCUCUGUCUUGCCCAUGUUAUAGAAAUACUAUUAAAGUUGUUUUCGUUGAA